AGUGUGUGGCAGCCCUGGGGGAGACAGGACCACAACAGCACCUCGCCCUGUCCUGCUCACCACAGCCAUGUCCCGAGCAGCUGCAGCACAGCUGGGAGAGCUCGAUGGCUCAGAAGAGGAGCUGGAGAGGGGGGCUGCACCGCGAGCGUGCUGCAGGCAGGAGAUGUGGAUUCCUAAGGGGAGGGAUGCAACUGCCUGCCUGGGGGACACCGAGGAGAUGAAGGUGAGGAAGAGGAGCAGGCCGGCGCGCUCCAAGGCCAGGAGGAUGGCAGCCAACGUGCGGGAGCGCAAGAGGAUCCUGGACUACAACCAAGCCUUCAACGCCCUGCGGCUGGUCCUUAAGCACGACCUUGGAGGCAAGAGGCUCUCCAAAAUCGCCACCCUCCGGAGAGCCAUCCACCGCAUCGCCGCUCUGUCCCUGUCCUUGCACUGCUGGCCCUGCACCCACUCCGAGUGCCGCAGGCAGGGAGUGCGGGACAGCCGCCUCGUGCCCCCCAGUGCUAUGGGUUAUGGCUGCUAUCCCUCCGAGAGCCAACUCCAUUGCUACGAGAGCCUGCAGGAGGAUCGCCCAGCAGCCAGCCCUGUGUUUUAUCCCGUGGGGAGCCAGCAGAAGCACACAAGCAACCCGCAAGCCAUCCCGCUUGCACCGCUCCCCUGGCAGCCGGGCGGGUUGCAGAGCUCUGGCUUCCAAUGCCUCCCCAUCCACUGAGCCACAGAGCGGGGAGGGCGAGGCAGUGCCGGGAAGGUAACAAAGCGGGGAGUGGGAUGGGACUCUGCGUGGGAGCGGUGGGACGUGGAGCUCAGCUGCAGAGCCCAGCAAAGCCUGGAAACUCAGAGCUGGGAGGCGUGGAGGAGGUUGCUUUCUGCUCGAGGAAGGGCCAGCUCUGCAGUUUCUUUUCUUGUGAGGUUUCUCUGCUGGAAAUGAUGACAAUUAUUUAUUCUCUUUUGCUUGCUUUGUGAGAAAACAUGACUUAAAAACCCGGUAUUGGGGCACUGGCUGUUACUGUGUGCGAGGUGGACAGAUGGUGCGUGUGGAUCACACUAAAGCCCCUGGCUCUGGUUCCAGCUGAUGAAUUAGGAGAGCAGGGGCUGGGAAAGGUUAACUUGGUUGUACUUUUAAUGCUAAGCCCAUUGGUGCACAUAUUGGUGCCCAUUCAGAUUUGUAAGCCUGGACCAGGAGGGAAGAGAGACAGAUGUCUGCCUUGGGAAAGCCCGUGCUUCCUCCUGGUGACUGCAAAGUGGC